GGACUGCGACUACAGUCGACUCGUCAGACUGCUCUAGCAAGUCGACGUGUUGCGGAACCAGGAACUGCGGACUCGGGCGCACUCGGAUCACGAUCGUCGCAACCAACGCCAGCAGCCACCAGUUCUGCCACAACCGACAGCGCCCGUCCACCGGGCCGCUCAAUGGCUGCCGCCGCUCGUCCAGUGCUAACGUCGUCGUCCUCAUCAGCCGCCGCCACAAGCACUAGCUGUGAAAUGAACGAUAGUGAGAUUGAGAUGACUACCGUACUCCCGUCUGGCAAGUUGCCAACAGAGACUGUUGGCAAGCAGCCAACGAGUCCUGAGCGGAAGCAAGCUGAAUCAGCGAUGGAGAUUGCCGACGACGACGCGGAGGAGGAGCAGCAGACAGUUGGAAUAGAGUCGCCGCCAGAUACGCUAAGAGAUCAGGACAGGACGCCGACGCCCGCCGAAGCGAUGAAGCCGCUCGAAGAGGUGAGCGGCGCAACUUGA